AAGAACAUCAAGUAAUUUAAGAAUGAAGAAUGUUGUAUCAGACUUCGAACCAAAAAGCCCCAUGCCAAAGUCAUAUACACACACUUCUACAUACCCAAAACACACACAAUACAUAAAUAUUCUUUUAUAUAUAAAGCUUCUUAUAACACUACCCAUUUGCUUAAACAAAUUCAACAUCUCUUAAUCAUCUCUUUCCCCAAAAAAUAUUCUCUCAUUCUCUAAUUUCAACAUCUACUCUGUUUUUUUCUUUUCUUUUGCUCUGUUCCAAUGGAGAUGAACUGGACAAGAGGACCAAUCAUAGGUCGAGGCUCCACUGCCACCGUCUCUUUAGCAAUCUCAUACUUCGGUGAGAUCUUUGCUGUCAAAUCCGCCGAGUUGUCUUCCUCAACGUUCUUGCAGAAAGAGCAAUCGAUCUUGUCUACAUUGAGCUCUCCUCACAUACUCAAGUACAUAGGCUCUGGUUUAACGCUCGAGAGCGGUGUGAUGCUUUACAAUAUUCUCAUGGAAUACGUUUCCGGCGGAAGUCUUCACGAUUUGAUCAAAAGUUCCGGCGGGAAGCUGCCGGAGCCGGAGAUAAGUUCAUACACGCGUCAAAUACUUAACGGUCUGGUGUAUCUCCACGAGAGAGGGAUUGUUCACUGCGACUUGAAGAGCCAGAACGUGCUGGUUGAGGAAAACGGCGUUUUGAAAAUCGCUGAUUUCGGAUGUGCUAAAUCAGUUGCCAAGUCGGAUUUUGCCGGCACACCGGCGUUUAUGGCGCCAGAAGUUGCUCGUGGUGAAGAACAGAGCUUCCCGGCUGAUGUGUGGGCUUUGGGUUGUACGGUGAUCGAGAUGAUGACUGGAUCAAGCCCUUGGCCGGGGCUAAACGACGUCGUUGCUGCAAUGUAUAAGAUUGGACUCUCUGGUGAGUCGCCGGAGAUUCCCGUGAAGAUAUCGGAGAAAGCUAAAGACUUUCUAAUGAACUGUUUCAAGAAAGAUCCGAAACAGAGAUGGACGGUGCAAGAAUUGCUUAAACAUCCUUUUCUCGACGACGACGGAUCUCAACCUAGUGAGUGCUUGAGCAAGACCUCAUCUCCGAGCACUGUGUUGGAUCAACGAUUCUGGGAUUCAUGCGAAGUCUCGAAAAGUCAUUUAAUUCCGAUGGAUCAUGAAGACUCUUUUGCUGAUUACUCGAAAUCAUGGGAUUCACCGGCUGAUCGUGUCGAGAAACUCGCCGGAGAUGACAAAUCAAGUUUACCGGCUUGGAAUACUGAAGACGACGGCGGGUGGUAUCAAGUGAGAGGCGAUGAAGAGGAAGACGCGAUUUGCGUUGAAGCAACGUCAUCGUCGGAAGCGAUUGAAGAUUGGAUAUCGAAACAAGACAGCUUGUUCUCGGAAUAUUCCCCUGACGACAUCAUUAAUAAUUUUUACUCUAAUGUUACUAUUCAAGGAAAUUUAAUUGCAUUUUAUUAUUUUAGUGUUGAAGAUACAAAUCUACCUAUAAAGAAUGUGUUUCGUACUAGUAAUAAUGAGAAUAAAGAAAACAUUUUGUGUUUUUUUUUCAAAUUGCUAGCUCGUUUUUUUAAUACAUUAACCAAGUUUCUGAUGAACAGUGAACAUUAA